CCCGCUCUACUUUCGUUUUACAGGAUGGUGAAAAUAGCUUUACAGAUAAAAGCUGAUUUGGAGAAUUUGACAAAUUUUCGAGCGGAAGGAGAAGACUUCCGAUGGUACUUGCGGUUGAAGUGUUGCAACUGCAAUGAAGAAACAACAGAAUUCCAGUACCUAAGUCUAGCUGAGAACACACCGGUAAAAGGGGGAAGAGGCCAUGCUAGUCUAGUGAUGAAAUGUAAACUGUGCCAUAGAGAAAACCAUAUAGACAUAAUGAGAGACUCGUUAAAGCCAUAUUGUGAGACAGACAGUGGGAAGUUUGCGACAGUGGUUGUGUUUGAUUGCAGAGGACUAGAACCAAUAGACUUCUCACCACGAGCAGGAUUCGUAGCAGAGGGAGCAGAAUCUGGGACACCGUUUACAGAAAUAGCUUUCAAUGAAGGGGAUCCAGAUUGGGUGGACUAUGAUGCACAAGCUAACCAGUCUGUGGGAGUGUAUAACAUUCAGCACAGAUUUGAGGUGGUCAAAUAGAACUUUUUUUAACCGGUGUUUUAGUAUACGCAUAAUAAAAGUACAUGGAGCAAUUCUCA